AUGGCCUUCCAACUACCACCAGGCGUCCAUCCGCCGCCUGCGGCCUCCUUCAACCCGCCUCAGAUCUUCGGCUCCUACGCCACCGACGCCCUGCCACAACUCCCGCCAGAUCUCGCCGCCCAGAUGUUCGCCGACUCGCAUACCUUUCCCUACGACGAGUCGCAAGACGCCAAGCGCAGACGCAUCGCCCGCGCCUGCGACAUGUGUCGCAAGAAGAAGAUCAAGUGCGACGGCAAACUGCCCAGCUGCACCCAGUGCAUCAACUACAAAGCCGAGUGUGUCUUCACCCAGGUCGAGAAGAAGCGCGCGCCCCCCAAGGGCGCCAAGUACAUUGAGGGCCUGGAGAACCGGCUGGGUAGGAUGGAGCAUCUGCUCCGGCUGAGCGGGCUCCUGUCCGAGGGCGAGGAGACGGACCUGGGCGCCCUCGAGAAGAAGCUGGAGGAGCAGAGGAACUCGGAGGCCAGUCGGCAGGGGAGCCUGGCCGUGCCCUCGACCCCCGCCAGCCCCGCGACCAAGCCCCCCUCUGUAAAUACGACCGCAGCGAACAGCCAGGCGUCGCCUGCGGAUACUCUUUCGCCACAACCCAAGGACAAGGACAAGGACAAGGAGCAGCAGCAGCAGCAGCAGCAGCAGCCGCAACGUCGCAGUUCAAAUGUGCGCACGGCGAGCGUCGAGGACGCUGAGCCGGAGGAAGAUGUUGAAAACUUGUCGGACCUCAUGUGUUCCCUCGUGACGAACCAGUCGGGCGAGACGAGAUACCUCGGCUCCUCCUCCGGCUUCAGCAUCUUCUCCCCCAAGGGCAUACAGUGGGUGAACCAGAAGACGGGCAACGACUCGUUCCGGAACAUGAUCUCGGAAGUGUCCGAAGAUGAUCACAAGUGGACAAACUGGAAGCCCGAGGUGUUCAACGACGUCUUUAGGCGACCUGUCUUCCAGCCUCUCCCUUCCAAGGAUGACGCGCUUUCUCUCCUCAAGGACUACUUUGAGAAUUUCAACUGCAUGUUCCCGCUCUUCCACCAGCCGACCUUUAUGCACCUCGUGCAGCGGCAGUACUCGGCUGAUCCGUACCAAGGCUCCGGUUGGUGGGCCAGUCUCAACUGUGCUCUCGCCAUUGCGCACAGACUCCGCGUCAUGAGCCACCUCGUCCCUCAGGAGGAAGACCAGGUAUCGUGGGGCUACCUCAAAAACGCCAUGGGCGUAUUCACGGAAUUGACCAUGCGCAACACCGAUCUCCUGUCCGUGCAGGCGCUGCUCGGUAUGGCCCUCUUCAUGCAGGGCACCCCCAACCCGCAGCCCAGCACGCUCUUGGUCGCAGCAGCGAUACGUCUCUCGCACACCAUUGGCCUGCACAAGCGCGGCACCGGGUUCAACUUGAACCCCAUUGAGCUUGAGCAAAGGAAACGCGUAUUCUGGAUCGCCUACAUACUGGACAAGGACAUGUGCCUUCGUGCCGGCCGCCCACCCACCCAGGACGACGACGACAUGAACAUUGACCUGCCCGACGCCGACCCGGAAGACAACAUUGGCAACAUUCCUCUCGCCGAUGGCAAGUCCAAGAUGAACAUCUUCCGGACCAUGUGCGAGUUCGCCGUCAUCGAGUCGGACGUCUACAGGCGGCUGUACUCGACCAAGGCGACCAAGUCGUCUGUCGGCGAGCUUCUCAAUGCCAUUGGCGAGCUGGACUCGCAGCUGGAAGACUGGAAGGACGCCAUCCCCAUUGACUUUCGACCCGAGCACGAGAUCAAGGCCAGCCACACGCCCCUGAUCCUGCACGUAGUCAUGCUGCACUUUGCCUACUACAACUGCCUGACGACGAUCCACCGCAUGAGCGUCCAUCACGGCUUCUGGACGAGCCGGCUGAGCAACUACGCACUGCAAGGGCUCAACACCAAGGCCCUCAACCCCCGCGUGUACAGCUCGGCGGCGCUGUGCACGGCCGCCGCGCGCGCGUCCAUCAGCCUCGUCAAGUACAUCCCCCAGGGGGAUAACUCGUGCGUCUGGAUGAUUCUCUACUUCCCCGUGUCCGCGUUGAUGACCCUCUUUGCCAACAUCCUCAACAAUCCGCUCGACCCGCGCGCGAAGCCCGACAUUCGCCUGAUGAACCUCGUGGUGAAUUUCCUGAGCAUGCUGGGCCACGAGGCCGAGCAGGGUGGCGUGUACCGCAUGCUCGGCGUAUGCGCCGAGUUUGAGCGUAUCGCCAAGAGUGUCAUUGAGAAGGCGGAGAAGGACCAGUCGUCACGGCGGAAACGCAAGAAUCACCACAACAAUGCCGAGAACAAGGCCAAGGCGAUGCCCAAUGGAGGAGGAGCAGGCAUGAGAGUACCCAACAGCAGCAAUCUGAGCCCUGUGCAGGCCGACACGACGGGCUUCAGCCCCCUUUCCUAUGGGCCCUCGCCGAACAUGCCGUGGAACACACAAGCGCCGCCGCCGCCGCCGGCCGACUUUGCAACGUACCCGCCCAACGGUGACUUUGACGGCUUCGCCCAGCAAGGCGGCUUCCCCACGAGCGACUCGCCGGGCAGCAACGGGGGCAUGCAGCAGCAGCCCAUGCAGGGCACGGGGGCGGCGUUCCCCAUGCACCAGCCCAUGCUGCCGACCGACCUCUUCCAGCUGCCGAUGAACCUGGACUGGGACUGGGCCGAGCUGAGCGGCGGCGCGUACCCGACGGUGGAGAACGGGAACUUUGGCGGUGAUCCGAUGGGGUAG